AUGACCAAACAUCUUACACACCGUCACCAUGUGCAUCGACUGCACACACUUGGUCAAUGGAUGCCAAAGGACCAUCAAGUCCACCGAGAUUGGCUUGGUGGAAUUAUCAAGGACGUUGACGCUUCGAACAAACCUUUGCAUCCAGUCAUCCAAGAGUUCCAGCAAAUGGUUGAGACCAACCCUCGCGUGUACAUGCUGCUCGAGUCCAUGUUUGAGGAGGUGCCUCACAAGGAGCCAUACAAUAAGGACCCCACGGGGCGCCCUGAGAUCCGCGAUUAUCGCCACUUCCUGCGUGUGCUCAACCACCUUCUCACCACGGCACCUUCAAUGAACGAUAAAGCGGAGCGCAUGGGUUUGGUUGGUAUACCCAUCAACGCCCUGCUCGACUGGCCCAUGGGCACGCCUAGUGGCUAUGCCACAUUCCUGGACCCCGAUAUCAACAACGUGCUCAAGAAGGUGCUCAACGCCUGGGGUGAGUUUCUCAAGUCACCCGAGUCCGCCUAUGUCCUCGACGACUCGCCCAACGGCUGGUUUGGCCGAUCAGGACAAAAGGACGUUGCAAGCGUCGCCAAUGUUGGCGUCAAGACUGGACAGCAGCAACAGCGCCUGACCUUUGAAGAACUGUUUGUCUGCGAUCCAUCGGCUCCGCACCAUGGAUAUGCCUCGUGGGAUGACUAUUUUACGCGCCGGUUCCGCGAAGGUGUCCGGCCCGUGGCCUCACCGGACGACGACAACGUGAUUGUCAACGCCUGCGAGUCCCAGCCCUUCUGCCUGCAACGAGAUGUCAAGGCGCGUAACAAGUUUUGGUUGAAGCACCAGCCAUACUCGGUCCUGGACAUGCUUGCUCACGACGAGCUCGCUCACCAGUUUGUCGGAGGCACCGUCUAUCAGGCAUUCCUAAGCGCACUCAGCUAUCAUCGCUGGCAUACCCCCGUGAGCGGUCACAUCGUGAAGACCUAUGUCGUCGACGGCACAUACUACUCGGAGCCCUUGUUUGAAGGCGUCGGCGACCCGACUAAGCAAACUCAGAGGAUUGACGUUGCAGCCGAGGAUCCCGCCCAGGGAUAUCUGACUGCCACCGCGACCCGAGCCCUGAUCUUCAUCCAAGCUGACAAUCCAGUCAUUGGGCUGAUGGCGUUUAUUGGCGUCGGUAUGGCCGAAGUGUCGACGUGCGAUAUCACGGUUCAAGAAGGCGAUCACGUCAAGAAGGGCGACGAGAUUGGCAUGUUCCAUUUUGGCGGAUCAACCUAUUGCCUACUCUUCCGCAAGGGUGUCAACGUCACCGGGUUCCCAAGCACAGACAAGGAUGAUAAUGUUCCCGUCAGGAGCCAACUGGCUGUAGUUCAUCCUUAA